UUGUUUUAAAGUGAUAUUAAUAGCCUUUAAUCAUCUCUCAUUCUAUAUAUUUUCUAUCUGCAUUUUCCAAAUAACAGAUUUUUGCAGCAAUUUAUUAUCAGUAGAAGAAAAAAGGAUCGUUAAUGGCGUAUGAUAGGCUCCGACCAUCGGAACCAGGAGGCUGUGGAGCUUCUCAGGCUGAGCAAAAAAAUGAUGAACAGCCCAAAGCUAAAAACAAUAAGAGAAAGAUUGUUAUUCUUUCGGUUAUUGCAGUGACGAUGAUUAUUGUCUCGGCUGUUUGUGCUGGCCUCGUGAUUGGUCUCCGUGAAGGCGGCGCCGACUCAGUUGGCACCCAAGUCCGCCGUAAGCCGACCCGAGCGAUUUCCAAUACCUGUAGCAAAACUCGGUUUCCUAGCCUCUGUGUCAACUCACUUGUCGAGUUCCCUGGCUCGCUCACUGCUAAUGAGCAAGACCUCGUUCACAUUUCCUUCAAUAUGACGCUGCUGCACUUCAACAAAGCUCUUUACACGACCACCUCAAUCUCCUACGUCCAGAUGGAGCCACGUGUACGGUCGGCAUACGACGACUGCCUCGAGCUUCUCGAUGAUUCCGUCGACGCCCUCUCCCGUUCCCUCUCCUCCGUCAUUCCCUCUCAGGACGGCAACAGUCAAGGCGGGUCCACCCAGGACGUGAUGACGUGGCUCAGCGCCGCUUUGACGAACCACGACACGUGUACGGAGGGAUUCGAGGGAGUGAGCGGGACUGUGAAGGAUCAAGUGACCGACGAACUGAAGGACUUGUCGGAGCUCGUGAGUAACUGCCUUUCGAUCUUCGCUGAGAGCGGCGGAGACGAUUUUUCCGGAGUUCCGAUACAGAACAGGCGGCUGCUAUCAUCGGACGACGAUUUAUCGGGAGAAAGUGUCGACGAUGAGAAUUUCCCGAAAUGGCUGGGGAGAAAAGAAAGAGAGCUGCUGAGCACCCCGGUGGCGGCGGUCCAGGCCGAUAUAAUUGUAUCGAAAGAAGGUAACGGCACCGUUAAAACAAUUACCGAGGCGAUCAAAAAGGUGCCGGAGCACAGUACUCGGCGGAUCAUCAUCUAUGUGAGGGCAGGAAGGUACGAAGAGGAUAAUUUGAAGGUGGGGAGGAAGAAAACAAACGUGAUGUUUAUUGGUGACGGCAAGGGUCAAACAGUCAUUUCGGGAGGAAAGAGUGCAUCCGAUGACUUUACCACAUUCCACACUGCUGCCUUCGCGGCAACUGGGUCUGGUUUUAUUGCAAGGGACAUAACAUUUGAGAACCAUGCUGGACCAGCGAAGCACCAAGCAGUAGCUCUUCGGAUCGGCGCCGACCAUGGCGUCGUAUACAGGUGCAACAUCGUCGGCUACCAGGACACUUUAUACGUCCACUCCAACCGUCAAUUCUACCGCGAUUGCGACAUCUACGGGACGGUCGAUUUCAUUUUCGGCAACGCGGCCGUGGUGAUCCAGAACUGCAAUAUUUACGCUCGGAAACCUAUGCCCUCGCAGAGAAACACAGUCACCGCGCAAAACCGGAAAGACCCGAACCAAAACACCGGCAUCUCGAUCCAUAAAUCACGGAUCCUACCCACGCCGGAUCUCGAAGCGGCCAAAGGUAGCUUCCCGACAUACCUAGGCCGCCCGUGGAAGAUGUAUUCCAGGACGGUUUUCAUGUUAUCAUACAUGGGCGACCACAUUCACCCAAGGGGAUGGUUGGAAUGGAACGGUAAUUUUGCUUUGGAUACAUUAUACUAUGGUGAAUACAAGAAUAAUGGCCCGGGUUCGGGUGUGGGGCAACGGGUAAAAUGGCCCGGGUACAGAGUCAUCACUUCGGAUACUGAAGCAAAUAAAUUCACUGUUGCACAUUUUAUCUAUGGAUCUUCAUGGUUACCUUCAACAGGGGUUGCUUUCAUAUCUGGCCUACAAGUUUAAAGCUAAAUGUUUUUACUUUUUGUUUUGUUCUUAACUUGUAUGAAAUAUAUAUAUAUAUUUUCCCGUGAUAUUGUAAUAUAUAACAAGGAUUAUAGGUAGGUAUUGUAUUUCGUAUUUUUUUAUGUAAACAUAAAUACAAGUGUUGAAAUGUUAAAUAUAAAUACGAUACGUACGUAUCACUUUAAUCAUAAAA